AUGAGCAACGUUUCUUUGACCUUCGUGAGAGAGGAGCCCAACCUUUCUGUCUGGACAGAACAUAGCGAUCGCGUUCACCCCAAAGAUCUUUCGAGACAUCUCUCGGAUACAGUCGGUAAAGAACGGUUCAGAAUAUCAUUGCGAAAGAAUAUAUACAUCGUUUAUAUCGAUGGGAGAUAUCGAAGGAACGAUGACGUGAGUCGGGUGAUUCGAUCGGUGGAGGUUGCUGCUAAUGGAAAGAAGCAGAAUCGCGACUCAGGGUCUGAUAAUGAAGAAGACUCGAGGGAAUUCACAAUAGGGCCCAAAACAUACCAGAAAAGGCUUGAAGACAUCAAGAUGGCAGAGAAGGUAUUAAGUAGUGAAAGAACACCAAAAUGGUAA